AUGGCUCAAACAACCGCGCUCCCCCAACAUGUCACCGCUCUCCUCUCCCAUCUGACCUCCCGCCCCGGAGUCCAAUCCACCUUCAUUCUCUCCCGCAAAGACGGCUCCAUCAUUCAAUGCACAGGCUUGCUAUCCUCUCCGUCAGGAACCAGUACCCCCAACACGGCGCCGACCAAUUCCCCCAGCGACACAUCAAACCAGCUCCCUCCGACGCCCGACUCAACCGCCUACGCCGCCGGCGCGACCGCAUCUUCCACCGCACCCACAUCGACCCCAUCGUCGCAGGCGCAAACCCUAGCCGCCCAGGUGUUUGCCUUCGUCUCCAGUGCGUCGGAGCUGAGCAUGUCGCUUUCGCGACCGGCCGCGGCGGGCGACGCCCAGGGGUCCAACGGAGAGGCCAACGGCGUGUCUGCGGGGUCGCGAGAGGACGCCGAGGGCGAGGCGUCGGAGAAGGAGGACGACGACGAGGUCAAGCUGUUGCGGCUGCGAACGAAGAAGCAUGAGAUCGUGGUGGUGCCGGAUCGGAAAUACUUGCUCUGUGUGGUGCACGACGCGACGCAUUCGGCUGGCGGCUCGGGGGGCGCGGGCAUUCGCUCUUCGAGUGCAUCUAGUAGUUUAUAUUGUGUCUAUAUCUCAGACCGAGUCUUAUCGGUUCAUGUCCAUAUCUGGCGCGGAAUGGAGCCAUCGGCAAUCGGAUCCUCCAUAUCAUCCACUUUACCCCUCUUCGUCUCGACAGAGCCGUCUACAUCAGUGUCCACCUCUUUUUCACUUGUCUAUAUCCUCCGUGUAUAUACUUACAAAAUGUCCUUUGACCUCGCUGCAGCUCGCUCCCGCUUCCCUGCGCUGAACCAGGAGCAGGUGUUCCUGGAUAAUGCAGUCUUAGACACAGUGAUUCAAUCAAUCACGGACUAUCUGUCGGGCUGUAAUGUGCAGCUCGGUGCGACAUACAAGACCUCCAAGGCGUCGACCGCCGCAUAUGACGAGGGCUAUGCAGCAGCCGCCCGGUUCAUCAACGCAAAGUCCGAAGAAAUCUGCCUCGGCGCAUCAACCACCCAGCUCCUCCACAACCUCUCGACGGCAGUCAAGUUCCAGCCCGGCGACGAGGUCAUCGUGUCAAAGCUCAACCACGAGGCCAACUCGGCGCCUUGGGUCCGCAUCGCCGAGCGCCUGGGUCUGCAGGUGAAGUUCUGGUCCGCUCGCGACCCUGUCAACGCCGUCUGCGAUCCCGACGACCUGAAGCCGCUGCUGUCGGAGAAGACCCGCCUGGUGGCGUGUCCGCAUACGUCGAAUUUGCUCGGAUCCAUCGUGGAUAUCAAGGCGAUAGCGCAGCUCGUGCAUCAGUUUCCUCGCGCUCUCCUCUGUGUUGAUGGCGUGGCGCUUGCGCCGCAUCGCCAGGUGGACGUGAAGGAUCUCGAUGUGGAUUUCUACGCAUUCUCGUGGUACAAAGUGUACGGCCCGCAUAUUGCGCAAUUGUACGCCUCGGCCCGCGUCCACGACCAGAUUGACUCCCUGGGACAUUUCUUCAAGGCCACCGACACGCUGGACCUGAAGCUGAACCUUGCAUCGGCCAACUACGAGCUCACGCAGAGCAUUCCGCGCGUGGUGGAGUAUUUCGGAUCGGACGUCGCGGGCGCGUGGGAGGCGAUUGCGGCGCAUGAGGAAAAACUGCAGGGGAUUCUGCUGGAUUUCCUCAACAGCCACGAGCGAAUCACGGUCUACGGCGAGACGUCGGCAAGUCGGGAGCUGCGUGUGCCGGUGAUUAGUUUCACGGUGCGCGGGGCCAAGAGCCAGGGCGUUGUGGAACAGGUCGAAAAACGGUCGCCGUUUGGGUUCCGCAGCGGGCAUAUGUAUAGCCUGCGUUUGGUGAAGGACAUUAUGGGGUUGGAGGAUCCGGAUGAUGGGGUGGUGCGGAUCAGCAUGCUGCACUAUAAUACUGAGGAGGAAAUUUUGAGACUGGUGCAAGUGUUGAAGGAGGUUGUUGAUAGUGUGUGA